UGGUUGUUGCUUCUGGUUGCUCUCUAGCUCUCGGGAACCGCACGAAGCUCCCCAGAAGUCCUCUGUCUCGCUCUUGCUCUCGCUCUGAAACGGUUCGGUGGCUAAACAAUAAUACUUGUGUUUAAUACAAAAUUUCUUUAAAAAUAUUAAAAAUUAAAAAUAAAAAUAUUCUAUUACGAAAAACUGCAAUUUUAACCAUCAUUUGGUGCAUUCGGUUAAAAACCACUUUAGGAACCCAUGAAAAACCGGUUCUGCGCACCUCCUGAAAGUCAGAAAGGGACAGAUAGUACCUACACGUGUAUGAGUGAGAAGUGGAGAAAACUAUCUCAGACGAAUUGCAACAAUUGUGUGUGCGUGUGUACGUGUGUGUUUUGCCAUUGCAGUGAUCGCAGCGACUCUACAAACUCUACACAUCACGCAUACGCACCGUAGUGCGGCGCGUACCUCCAACUGGCAUUAUCGUAGUUAUCGCCAUAGUUUAGUCGGUUGUGUUGGCCUUUUCGCGUCGCCAUGGCUGCCAAAAGGUGUGUGCCGAACUGAAAAGCGAAAAACAAACCCCAAAGAGCACUUGACGGUUGAGUAAUCACAACGGUGGCCAUAUUUAUACUCGUAUCUGGGUUCCCUCGUUGUCGUCGCGGUUGUCGCCUCUUUUCGCGGCCCACAGAUAAGCCGUGACACACUAAAGUUCUACGCAAAACCCGCAUCGUGAAAGUUGUGCCGGUUAAUAAAAAAAAAAAAAAUAAAACAAAGGGUUAAACCCCAACAGUUACUGUGAACAAGUGCAGACAGUAGUGAAAACCGUGACCUAAGUGAACUUGUCCAAAGAACGUAUAUGUCAACCCAAUACUCGAAAAGAAUUAUGGAAUACUGUGAUCUGUAAAUGAUCAAUUUGAAAUGGCCCCCAAACUGAGGAAUAUUUAAAACACCCAGGAAUUUAAACAGAGAAUAUUGAACUUUAGACAAAUCAACCCAAGCAAUGCAAGAAGUCUGCAGCACCCUGGACACGACCCCGAUGGGCACGCAAAUCAAAUCGGAGUCGCCGCUGAAUCCGCUGCAGGUGCAAACUGGGCAGACGUCCCUGCCAGUGGGUGGUUGCGGUGGUGCGGGCGUGGUGGGUGGUGUGGGUGUCGGUCAGCCCGGGAUCGGCCAGCAGGGGGCGCCACCGGUCCCGGCGGUGAUGCUGGUCAACAAGAUGACCCCGAACUGUGAUAAGCGGAGCGCCGACACGGCCUAUUGGAUGGCAGCCUCCGAGGGCGGAUUCAUCAACUCGCAGCCGACGAUGGCCGAGUUCCUCAACCACCUUAGUCCGGAGAGUCCCAAAAUAGGAACACCUGUUGGUGCCGGCGCCAUCGGAGGAGUGGGCGUCAACGUUAAUGUCAAUGUCGGGGUCGGAGUCGGAUAUCCGGUUGGCGUUGUCCCUCAAACGCCGGAUGGAAUGGACUCGGUGCCGGAGUAUCCCUGGAUGAAGGAGAAGAAGACAUCCCGCAAGAGCAGCAACAACAACAAUCAGGGUGAUAACUCCAUAACUGAAUUCGUUCCAGAAAACGGCCUGCCCCGACGACUCCGCACCGCGUACACCAACACCCAGCUGCUGGAGCUGGAGAAGGAAUUCCACUUCAAUAAAUAUUUAUGCCGCCCAAGGAGGAUCGAAAUAGCAGCCAGUCUGGACCUGACCGAGCGACAGGUAAAAGUUUGGUUCCAAAACCGUCGCAUGAAGCACAAGAGGCAAACGCUCUCGAAGACCGACGACGAGGACAACAAGGACAGCCUCAAAGGUGACGAUGAUCAGUCCGAUAGUAACUCCAAUUCGAAGAAAUCGUGUCAAGGCUGCGAACUGCCCUCCGACGAUAUUCCCGAUUCCACGUCCAAUUCCCGGGGCCACAACAACAACACCCCGAGCGCCACCAACAACAAUCCGAGUGCUGGAAGUCUAACACCCAACUCAUCCUUGGAAACGGGCAUCUCAUCGAACCUGAUGGGCAGCACCACCGUUUCCGCCUCGAAUGUGAUCAGUGCCGACUCCAGUGUGGCAUCUAGUGUUAGUUUGGAUGAGGACAUCGAGGACAGCAGCCCCAUAAAGGUGAAGAAGAAGGACGAGGGACAGGUCAUCAAAAAGGAGGCGGUGUCUACUUCGUCCAAGGCCUCGCCCUUCGGCUAUGAGAACUCCACGCCCAGUCUGGUCAGUUUUCGAAGGGACUCGGAUGUCGCCGCCGUCGGAAAUGCUCCCGCCAGUAAGGCGGGCGGCAAGAAACGCUUUCAGAGUGCCGCCAAUGCCAUUGCCACGCCCACGCCUCUGACGGACAGCAAUAGUGGGAAUGGAAAUGGGGGUGGUGGUGGUGGCCCAGCUGGCGGCUACUUUCCAGGCUAUUAUCCUAGUCACAAGCAGCAGCACCAACUGCAGCAGCAGCAGCAGCAACUGCACCCGCAACAGCAGCAGCAGCCGCAGGACUAUUACGGCAAAUACGACAUCGAAUUCGCCGCCUCGCCGCACCACAAUCCGCACAGUAAGCAGCAGCCGCUGCACGGCGAGUAUCUCAGUCCCAAGCCAAAUGCGGCCAACUUCCACCAAAACAGUCAGCAGCAGCAGCAGGAUCAGUUUUACUACAACUACAGCGACACCAACGGCAGUGCGUACUUGAACCACCAGCAGCAGCAGCACCACCAACAGCACCACCAGCAGCAGCAACACCACCAUGUGGCCGACUUCGAGGCGCCCGUCAACGGACCCAGCAACUUCAACAACGGCGCCUACUACGACAACAUGAGUUUCCAACAGCAGGCCCAGGCCCACCAGCACCAAUCGGUGGUGUUUCAGCAGCAGCAGCCGCACCAGCAAGCGGCGGUGAAUCACCAGCACAUGCAUCACCUGGGCGCUGGAGAGACAUACAGCGCUCUAGGCCUGCAGAUGGAGAACUGCGAGGGCUACAACAAUUUCGGAGGCGCCGCCAGCGGGGGUGGGUACUACGAGGCGGGUCAGCAGCCCCCUGGUCCGGCCACCCUCGGCCACGGGCACGGCCAUGGACACCACCCCCACCACCACGUGCAGGUGCCGGCGCAGGCGCAUGCCCACGUCCAUGCCCACCACAACUCUGCGGCGAUUCCCGCGGGAGUGGGCGUGGGAGUGGGAGUUGGAGUUGGAGUUGGAGCACCGCCAUCGCACAUCCACGGAUUCGCCCUCAACGGGGGAGCACCUGGCCAGGGCCAGGGAUUCGGCAACAAUGGGGUCACUGCGACUGGGACUGGAGCUGGGACUGCGAUCAGUGGACUGGAGAACUCGAACAGCUCGGACUUCAACUUCCUGAGCAAUUUAGCCAACGACUUUGCGCCGGAGUACUACCAACUCAGUUAGUUCAUGUAGGAAGCGAGCCAGAGGCCAGUGUAAAUAUGUCUUAGCCUAAUUCGCCGAGUGGGCGAGAGUCUUGUAAUUCUAUUCAGUGUCGUAGUCUCGUAAGCACUUUGUCCGUAGCACAUAUCUGUAUAUAGCAAGCUAAGGAUUCAAAUCUUAACAGGAGCUCUAUUCCACGGCUAGGAUCCGUUUCUAUGAUACACAAAUAGAAAUUGUCGCGAUUUCGUUUUGGCUUCAAGUCAAAGUGAAUGUCUAUCUUGAAAAUUCCAUUUAGAAAUAAAAGAACAAAAAUUGUACAUAGUUAGAAAAAUGAAAAAACUUUCACGCAAGUCCUAAUCAAUUAAUAUAAAAUACUGAAUUACCUUUUAUUAACUGUGUUUUGUAUAUAUUUCUGAAGUAGCUUAAAUCAAAACGUAAAAAUAAAAUAAAUAAAAACCUAAAGAAAACCUAGAGCUAAAUAUUUGGAUCGCUCACGAUUCAAGUGCAAUUUCUCUAUAAAAGAAUUUUGAUUUAGAAUCUUAAGGCACUCUCAAUUAUUUCAAUGUUUUUCGUGUUUGUGCG